AUGUUGUCAAGAAGAGUAGUAGAUGUAGCAGCAGAUGGUGGGUUUGGGUUACGCUGUACAGGUCCAACAGGAGGUGGUGUAGGUGAAGCCAUCAAUCGUGCCCCAGGCAUCAUAGGGCUCUGGGAAGAUGCGAGAGUUGGAAUUGCUACUGGAGGGCUCAUGAUAGCUGCUGGUGUUGCUGAUGUUGCUGAUGUUGUUGGUGCGGCGAUUGUUGAAGUUGUUGCUGCUGGUGAGGCGAUUGCUGGAGCUGUUGUUGAUGAGGGGAUUGGAGUUGUUGCGCGUGUGGUGAUUGAAGCUGCUGUGGAUGAGGUGAUUGGAGUUGUUGAGGGUGGGGCGACUGAAGCUGCUGUGGAUGGGGCGACUGAAGUUGUUGCGGAUGGGGCGACUGUUGGAUUUGCUGUUGAUGGGGCGACUGUUGGAUUUGUUGUUGAUGAGGCGACUGAAGCUGUUGAUGAUGUGGUUGUUGAUGCGGUUGCUGCUGUUGGUGUUGAUGCUGUUGGUGUUGUUGCUGCUGCUGCUGUUGCUGCUGCUGUUGAUGCGGUUGCUGCUGCUGUUGAUGCGGUUGCUGCUGCUGUUGAUGCGGUUGCUGCUGUUGAUGCUGCUGGUGAGGCGAUGGCUGUUGAUGCUGCUGGUGAGGUGAUGGUUGUUGAUGCGGCUGCUGUUGGUGAGGUGAUGGCUGCUGGUGCUGCUGAUGUUGCUGGUGAGGUGAUGGCUGCUGGAUCUGUUGCUGCUGGUGUGAUUGAGGCUGUUGGUGUUGCUGCUGUUGUUGAUGCGAUAAUUGCUGUUGAUGAAGCUGCUGCUGAUGGUGUACCUGUUGUUGAUGGUGGUGCUGUACCUGUGUUAUUUGUUGUACCUGCGGCUGUUGCUGCUGUUGUAUAG